AUGGUCGUCGUCAUAGCAUUGCACUGUCGUAAAGUGACAGCGCGGUCGUGUUGUUAUCUUUGAACAGCUCCUUUAGCUGAACUUUAAACAUGUUAAAAUGUCGAUCUGCUGUUCACUAACUGUCACGUAACUCAGGAGAAUACCGAAACUGUCGACGUGAUCAUAGGAGAAUGCUUAAAUCCAAGUUUUGCACAGGUGUAUCUGGAGUCUGAUGAUGGGUUUCUGGCAGCCGGGGACCAACCUCAGGGAUUAUGUAUCCCAGAAUCCUCCAUUGGUGACAUUUUUCCUGUGUCUGUUGACUCUGGCCAUCUCCUUUAUCUGCUUCUGUUCUUACAGCUACACCCACACUGUUCCUAACCCCGACACAGUGAAGGACUGGAACCAUCUACUGUCCUCUCUUUCACAGCACAAGUUUUGUGUGCAAGCCAAUGCAAGUUCGUCUGAGCUUGUCUCACCAGUGCCCUCUCCUCUGAUGGAUAAAGACAGUUUAGUUUCCUCAACAAAGACUCCUCUCACCACUUUGAAUCUUAAGGUUCCUCUGUCUGUGACUACCAACUCAAACAGUGGCUCCCUGAAAAACCUUGCUUUACACACUGCCUUCAGAGCCAGUCAGUUGCAUCUUGGGGGAACGGAGAGUGUUGAUGUGACUCUGGAGUUUUUGACCGAAAACGAUUCCUACACCUGCCUCACCAUAAGGGCCCCAGCACACCUCCUACCCAUGAAACUACUUCCGCCUGAGUGCCCAGAAUUUAAGAAAAACAUUUCCCCCCUCCAUGUGGAAGUGAGCGACAAAAAGCCUGCAGCAUCACAAACCUGCUACAGCCUACACUCACAGGAUGACCCUACACUCACAGUCAUGUUAACACAGGAUGAGCGAAACGUGGCAGUGAGACAUCUGAUGGAAGUCAGUGUGUGUCUGCUUGGAGUUUGUUUGGUACUCUGUGUCGCUGCCAGUCUCACACAGUCGCUCAUACGCCGCCAUCAUUGGAAUGGUCUAGAUAUACAAAAUGAGCCCUUGAUGGACGUAUGAAUAUUUUUUAUUACACCAAAGUAAUUAAUUUGAGAGAAGAGCGUUAUGUGUCACUACUUUUUUUUUAAGGCACAUUCAAUCGAUUUCUAUCGGGAGUAAUAUUCAGUGUUUAAAACAAAUUGAUUACAAACAGAUUGAGUACAUUGCAUGCAGUGUGUUAUGCAAUUUUGAAGACAGCCUACAUUUUUAUGUAGCACCCAGUGAGAUGAGGAUACCACAUUGAACGUCUGCUGCAUCAAUGCUUAACAUUUUAAUUACAUUUCUCGAAGGUUUUUCCUGCUUUAAGAAAGUGUGAUGCUUAAUCAGUAGAGAAUACAUGAUAUAUGACAAUGAAAUGUUAUACAAUAUCAAAGGGAGAACUAAUUAUAAUAGAGAAGGAGUAUAUUUUGUAAUGGGAUCCUGAUGUAAUGGUAAUUACUCUUCAACUAGUAAUGCCGACACUGUUGAUUGGUCAUACAUUCACAAUCAAGUCUAGUGCAUUUUGUACCAUGUUUACGUCAUACAUUUCCGAUGCAUUCUGCUGAGGGAGAGCUCCGUGUUCUCCAUUAGUUUUUGUGCAUCCACCUGCAAUGUGUUAGUGGGUGUCAAGAAAAACCCAAAUUCCUGUUGCUCCUAAAUUAUUUCUAAGCAACAAACUUUGUUUAGGUGGAAAAAAAGGAAUGUACCAUGUGCUGCUAUGAUAAAGCUAUUUGUAAUAACACUUCAAAUAAUGCACAGUUUGCCACCUUGAAUGUCAACCCUGCCAACAUGAUGACAUGUCGUCGUGUAAUGGGGUGUAAAAGCGCUUUGAGAGGUCGGACGACUAGAAAGGCGUAAAAUGAAUGCAAAUUAAUUUACAAAAUAUAUACUGACAUGUCCUACAGACUCACUCCAGAGUAGGCUAACUCUUAGAAACAGAUGACUGCAACCUGUUUUCUAACAUUCUUUCUCCAGUUUUUGUAAGAAUUAAACAUUAAAAUUGGAACAUAAAAACUAGGUUACUAUUGCUGUUAUGGCUAGGGCGCUUAAACUUUAAGUGUCUUUUUAAAAGUAAUCCACACUAUUAAUGUUACCCUUGAGGCUUGGGGCUUGACUUGGUGCACACACCACAAUAUUGGUAAUAAAGCACUGUGAAAUUAAUUUGAAAAACCUUACAAAGUUGUCUGCAUCACUGAAUGUUCCCUCUGGUGAUCGAAAAAAGUGUAUCUUUAGUGGAGUCAAGCCAAGACCAUGGAAUAUGUUGAUCAAGUUAAGAGAGCUGAAUUGGAACUCCACCUGAACUAUGAUCUCUCACGACCCUUUGCCAAAAUGGUGUGUCUUGCCGAAUGUUAUCAGUUGACAAACUCACAAUAAACAAAUGUUUUUUUUCUAAAA